GAUACUCAAUCCGCCAUGAUGUCGCGGCGAUUCGGUGAAAAUAUGAAUUUGUGUGUUCGUUUCAUGGUUUCUACCGAUUUUGAGAAUUAAAAAACCGCAUGACAACCCACAACGACAUUCACGAUCGCACGUCGGAUAGGUAUUUCGUGCUACCGAUCCCUAUUUGGGCUGUAUUUUAAGGGAUCGCACGUUGGGUCACCAGCGAGGCUAUCGGCCAAAAUGAGCAAGUUAUCGUUUCGUGCUCGGGCGCUCGAUGCCUCGAAACCCAUGCCCGUGUACAUGACAGAAGAAUUACCGGAUUUGCCGGAUUUUUCGGCCAUCAACCGUGCAGUGCCCCAGAUGCCAACGGGGAUGGAGAAAGAAGAGGAAUCGGAGCACCAUCUACAGAGAGCUAUCUCAGCGCAACAGGUGUAUGGCUCAGCCAACCCACUGGUCAUCCCAACACCUGACUUUGAGACCUCGGUCAGCUAUUAUGAGGAGCUGUAUGACCCAUCUUACAAGCAGCCCAAGCAAUAUGUCCAUGUUCAGCCCCUUAGUAUGGAACAGGACAUUCCAGACUAUGACAUGGAUGCUGAUGAUGAAGAAUGGAUGAGGAAACACCGCAAGACCUUUGAAAUCACAGAACUCCAGUUUGAAGAGAUGAUGGACAGACUAGAGAAGGGGAGUGGCCAGAGGGUGGUGACGUUGAAAGAGGCUAAGCUUCUGUUGAAGGAGGACGAUGACCUCAUCAUAGCAGUGUAUGACUACUGGCUCAACAAACGUCUCAAGUCAAUGACUCAGGGUUGCGGGUUGAUUCCAAGCGUGAGGCAAGAGAAGCGGGAUGGGUCCACUAGCAACAAUCCCUAUGUUGCCUUCAGGAGGAGGACAGAGAAGAUGCAGACAAGAAAGAACAGAAAGAACGAUGAAGCCUCCUACGAGAAGAUGCUGAAGCUGAGGAGGGACCUUAACAGGGCAGUAACGUUACUAGAAAUGGUGAAAAGAAGAGAAAAGAGCAAGAAGGAAGCUGUCCACUUAACGUUGGAGAUAUUUGAAAAGAGGUAUCAAAUGGAGGACUUCAGUGGCACCAUUCUAGCUGAGUGUGAGGAGCUGAGUAAGCGACAGCCAUCUUUCACCAUCCCUGCAAUUCCCAACGGCAACCAGUAUGCCCCAUGGUCCAUGAAAACGGAGGAUGGCUUGAAGAAGAAGAGGGAAUACAAGAAGAGGAAGCACAAGGAUGAGAAGAAACUACGCCAGACCUCAGUCUCCUCUCUUGGGGAGAUUGAGCCAGCUCGCUUUCCUGAUAUCAGAAGCUCAGAAGAAGAGCUGUCCCCACAGGUGCAAUCAAUAUCAGACCAUGAGGAGGAAGCUGAUCCUGAUGGUAUCUUUGCUUUUCGUCGCAAGAAAGGCUGCCAUUAUGUGGCUCCCCAUUCAGACCUUGUGCAAGGUUGGCCUUGGUCAGCAGACCCACCCAGAGGUGUCACAGACAACAGGUAUCGGUACUGCUGUACCUCUCUGCGGGAGCCUAGGCGCUGCGUGGGCCUGGCCAGGAGGAGGGUCGGCAGGGGUGGAAGGAUCCUUCUUGAUAGAGCGUGGAGCCCCUUCCAGGAUUUCAAAAGGCUAGAUGAUGCCUUGUCCAGUCCAUCAGACCCACUAGUGUCGCCGCUCCGGUCGGCAUCCGCAAGCUCAUCACAGACAAGUCUUCCACUAAGUUUCCUCCUUGAAGAGAUCAGGGCCAAACGAAUGCUGCACUACAGACCAAAGACACCCCCACCAGCACCCCAGCAGCCUUCUGCAACCUCACCAUCACCCACGCUGCCACAGUCUCAAGUCCUGAUGGAGAACAGCCUAGACUCCUUCCUGCAGCCCAGCCGCACCAUCCCAGCCAUCCAGACCCCCAGCAAGCUGCCUCAGCAGAUGCUCAUGGAGAGCGACAGCACGGUGGACAGCGACGCAGCAGGCCCUUCUGCCUCCCAACAAACACUGCCCUCGCUGGUCUCAGGGCCAGAGCCCGACGCCGUGGCGCCGUUACUCGACUCUCAGGACUUGCAGACGCUGGAGGUGGACGUGGUCAACUCGGACAGCUCCUCGGAGUUGAACACAUCCUUUGGCUCACUCCCGACAUCUCGGUUCACCCUGGAGCCCAGUCGGGAGCUGAGCAAGACCAAGUCAGCCGUUGUAGAACAGUUGCCUGUCUUGGUUUCGCCAUCAAGCGUUGUCGGGGUCAAGGAGAAUCACAGCAGUUCUGCAGCAAAUGCAUUAUUGAACCACAAGGCAGUCAUAGAAGCUUCUACCAAAGUUCCCAUUGGUCAUUCCACGGCACCUGCCGCUACAGUACUACAGCUUAACUACCCCCUAGGAACCACCAAGAUAACCACUCCCUCUACAACCACGCCCUCAACCACAAUGCCCAUUGUCAGCACGUCCGCUAGUGUGAAUGCGAUGGAUGGAGUGGUCGUCACGAACUCUGUGGACGUUGUAUCACCGUCGAUGCUGGAUGUUGGCACUGGCAGCGAUGCCUUAAGGAAAGGCAGCCUGGACAGGCAGAGGACUAGAUUGAACUUGGACGGGACCAGUGUGGUACCGUCCACAGCACAGAAUGUUUCACUUGCUAACGCUGUGAAGAGGAUGUCACAGGCCAACAAUAUUGAUGUUAUAUCAAGAGACAAGCAUGAGGACUCCAACCAUUCACUAGACGGCAACGCCUGCAUACCCAACAACAAGUCGGUCGUCAUGGAGGUCACGUGACCCACGUGGUUCCAUCCCUAUUGACGCUAACUUGGAUAUGAAAAUGCCUUGGGCAGCCAGCAAUGUGUUCAUUAAUUGCGGCAUAGAGGUGUAAAGGUAACAUUGGAAAGACCAGUCUCUGGCACACCUGUUGGCCUGGGCAAACAUAGCUACCUGCACCUUUUCUCAUCCAAUGUCUAUUCAGUUUUUCUCCAUUUUGGGGGGGGAGGGGCAGAUGGGGAAAUCACGCUUAUCAAUUUUGUGCAUCCAAUGUAACUUGAAGAAAGGACGUUUUACGAAAAUUGAAACUACAUGUCCAACGAAAUUGUUGAGUAUGUUGCAUUGAUUUUGUGUACAAUGAAUUUGGCAUCAUUGACAGAAACUGCCUGUAGGGAUUUUUAUUCUAUGGCAUUAUAUGAAAUGAAUUAAUCUCCUAUGGUGAUACAGUUUUUAUGUAUUGUUGCUGUAGAAAUCGUCCAUUCUUAUCUUUAAAAGAUAUCAAAAGCAUACUUGAAAAAGAAGGUGCUUUCGAAGCAUUUAGAUUUACCAUAAAUGCUCUUUGCCCUGUUUUUGUGAAGGCUCUAUCAACCAAUUAUGUCAUGGCUGAUAUUUUUGGUUUUGUUGGUAAAAUGAACAAUUCAAACAAAAAACCAAAACAAAAGGAAACAACAACCAGAAAACAUUCAGGAGGAGCAUACUAAAAUAGAAAUGUUGCAAAACUGGUUUGAAGAAAAGGGAGACCAUUUUCAAAAUUGCUCAAAUUUGGUCCGUGGAAUACUGUGCAAACUCCCUGCAUAGGGUUUGUCUUGUGGAAGUGACGUUUCAUUAUUUGUAGUGUGAUGUUUGGAGGUGUGCAUUGAGAUUCUACAUCAGAAGCAGGGUAUGCGUGUACUUCAGUGCCUUCUUGAGUUGUUAUGCAUGGUUGCCUUCAUUUGCAAGAAUAUUGGCGGGGGGGGGGUGAUUUCACCCAGCUUCUUUAAGAGUGGCAUUGUCCAGUGGAGCAGGAAGUCCAGCAGAAAGCUAUCGAGCCACCUUUCUGUGAGCAGAGGUUCAGUCCAACUUGAGUUCUGUACAUGUAUAUGCUGUGAAACAAGUGUCAAUGUACAGCAGGCGUGGGACAGGCUGAAACAUACUGACGGAAAGGUGGCCUUAGUUUGUAUGGAGUGGGAUUAACUUGAAGGCGGCACAGAGUUUGAUCUGGUGAGGAUCUAGUGACUCUAGCUGAUCAUGAUUGGGACAGGCAUUUGCAGAGUUAGGAGAGCCUUAGGUUGUAGAGAUGGCUUGACAUUUGAAUGAUGGUAUUGGCAGACAAACAGAGUUAAAUGUAAUAGAAUGCUUCAAAUCUCCUACUUGAUUCUAGUGAAACAUAUCCUAAUGAGUUAAUGUCAGCAAAACCUCUUCAUGUUCUCUACGUCAAUCAGAUCAAGGGUCUAAUAAAUGUUUGGACCCACAUAUUUAUAUUUAUUUCUAUUUCUUUGUAAUGCAAUGAAUGGAGUUGGUCUGACUUUCUUUAAUACUUAAUUGAGAAUUGACCUGUUCACCUUUUCUUUCACUCAAAUAUCUAUUGUAAUUCAGCACAUAAAAUUCUGUAUCCUGUCGGUUUCUAUAAUUGAGGCAUUAGUUACCAAUGUAACUGAGGACAGUCAUCUUAACUAGUACCUUGAAGAUAAGACUUACUGCAAAAUACAAAUUGGCAGACAUUAAAUUGGUAUCAUCGUAUAUAUUCCCAUGAACCUCACUAUAGGUGUGACUUUUGCAAAGAGAAGUGAAAGCAUCCAUGGCUGUAACGGGCUGCAGAUUUGGUUGGGCAGUGCUGUUCAUAUUGAAUGGCUGGAUAGUGUUGUUAUCAGUGCACCCAAAUUGUCAGGAAGUGUCUCCUAUUCACGUGAUUAAAAUGUGACGUCUUUUUAGUUAGGCAGAAAGGUGAAAGUUGGGAUAGUUGUGACCUUGAAUACAAAUUUCCUUUAAACAUAAUGGACAUUGGAUGGGACAGGAUGAGAAUUAUAAGAGCUAGCUGUCUUGUAGUAAAAGCAUUGUGUAUUGGUAUAUACUGAAAACCAUACUUAAAGCGGGUUUGUACUAAAUUAAAAAGAAAAAAUUAUAGGCUUUUUUAAUUGGUGGCAAACAUGCGUAUUAAAUUUAAGUCUGUAUGAAAAGUGUACAAGGCCGAUUUCUCUUUCCCUCCAAAGUCUGGUAUCACAGUUGCUUAGGAAUUCUGUCUUUAACUCCAGAUACUGUGAAAUAAAAGAUAAAUAUACAAAUUGUGAGUACCAAUGCAAAUUUCACCUAAAUCCUGCAGAUUUGAAUGCCAUGGACAUGAUGUCUGUACCAUCCACCAUGGUUCAAGUGUGAAAAGAUUAAUAUCAAUCUGUCAUUACCAUUGACAUUGGAUCUUGUGGUGCGUUAAGGUUUCAAAAUAGUUGGUUUGGAUAGUCAGGGUGGGGGGGACAGUGACCACGUAUUUAGACCUAUGAAUGUAUUCCUCACGGAGUUUCUCUGAUCCUACUUCAGAACCAUCUCUCGGAACUGAGCAGAAGUUUUGCUUGAAAGAAAUGCAAAGUUCAGGCUUCAAAUGAUGUAUUUCUUUUGGAAUUUGAAAAUCAAAAUUGGUUUUGUUUUUCUUGCAACAAGCCCAUGGUUUAGACAAUGAUUUCUUCAAAUAGACCUCUGUACUGAUGUUGCAACACUUUGUUUGUGUGUACUUUACUGUGGUGCACAGUGGACCAUGGGCCCUGACUGGUUUAUAAAAAAGGUCAUAACAAAGUGACUUAUCACUACAGAGGCUUGUUAAAGCAUUGGUGUGGUUCACAUCUUUCUAAUCUGUUGAGUUCUUUCCCAUAAUGACUCAAAAUACAGUGUCCUUGUGAUUUUGAUGAGUGUUCUGAUCUUUGGCUAGGCUAGGGAGGCUGAUACAAAUCCACCAAGGAGAGCUUGUGCCUACUAAGUCCUUUAUGUGGCAUUUAUUGUCAUGUGUGCCUCUUCUGCCACUGUGACUUUUAAUGCACCUGGUUACGAUGGUUACAGACAUGCUUUUCCAUUGGUCACAUGUUGCAGAAUGUGCUCCCUGGACUACCUGACAGUUUUUUACAAGGUUGAGAAAGUAACUAAUUGAUGCAUGCGAUGCAUGAAUAGGGUGAGGAAAAUUGGGCUGCAAUACCACAAAUGCUGGGCUGACAUUGCAGACAUCAAGACCAGAGACCAGCUGCAUUUGUUUUCAUUUUUGUGAACAAUAGAAUUUAAACUGCGUUAUUAACUCCUCCCCACAAAAUGCAGUGCAUCUGGAAGUCCCCAUGCUGCCACCGUAUAAGCUUGUUUUACCAAAAUAUAAAUAGGGGGUUCUCAUUUCUGUCCCACUGUGAUCCCGUUGAUCUUAGUUACGUAUUCCAACUGUCUUUGUGCGCAUCAAGAUAUGAUUUUCCUAUUCAGGAUAAAUUUAGUAUCUUUUGUGGCAGUGCUGUCUUUGUGGGGGUGUGUUUUGGUUUGAAGUUUUUCUUGAGAAAAGGAAGGAGAAAAAAAACAAUAGUGAUUAAAACCCUUAGAACACAUUGCGGACACAUUUUCCGAAUUCUUCACUCCAACAUUAGACCUUGAAUUUUGUUUAAACACUUUCAUCGUAUGUGACUGAUUGCAAAGUGAAAAAUCCUAUUUAUGAUACACACACAGCCUGGAUACAUGUAUAUCAAACUGGCUUAGUUUGUUUUAUUCCAAAUUUGUAUCCAUGAUACAGACAGAAGUAUAUGAACUCACCUUAGAUGUGCAAUUUGCUUAACACACUGAAAAAAACCGCACAAAUAUUACUUAGGUAGAGGCAAGAAAUAAGUUCAAGAUAAACCCCCUCUUUUGGAGGUGGGGGUCGGCCAACUGUUGAGCGGCUCCUUCAGAUUGGAUUUGUUGGUUUGUGUGAAGUCUGCUAGAGAAUUCAGACAUGACCUUUAUGAAGGUCAGGGCUACAGAGCUUGGUGCAGGGAGUCAGUCGUGAAGAAUUGGCACAAUUGCCUAAACACACCACACAUUUGCAGGGUUGGCUUACAAUGUAUUUAUCACACACAAGAAACUUGACCACCUAAGAUUCUCCCGAACUGCAGAGCCACAGUCACCAAAAGUGUUUGUCCGUGUUAUUAAUUUCAUUUCAAGAAGUGUGUUAAUACCUCAGUCAGAGUAGAGCGUUCCAGCAAACGAAAACGGGUAUUCACAUAUCAGUGAUCCAAAAAUUCUGCAUUUCAAUAUUGUUUGCCCCUUCAGCAACUCGUCUUGUGCUUCAUACAGAGUUGAUUUAAUCUAAUAAUAGGUUAUCAAAACACUAUGCUAACUAUGGUGGGACAGAGAAUAUAUGGCCAGCUUUCUCCCAUUUAAAAAAAAGUGUGAAUGUAUUGGGGGAAAUAAGUAAAAUGUGACAUUCUGUACAAAUUGUAAAAUUUUAUACUCAGAGGGAACUGUUGGCUCGUCGCUGAAUUAAAUCACGGCGUAUUGUUGCAGUUUGCUGUGUAAAUAGUAUUGUAUUUUUUCUCUCCCGUGAGUGGAGGAAUUUAGGAGUGGAGGAAUUAAAAAUAUACUAAAUAUGAACAUUGGCAUACUGGGUGAUAAA